UGUCAAUCCCUUUAGCCGGCGUCUAUCAGCCAAUCAUAAUCGUCCACAGCAUAAGAAAUGCAGUGAAAUGUUGUGAAAUAUGUUCAGUAGGUUUUGGACCAUUUCACAGUGCAAGUGUGAUUUUUGUUAGAGCAUUUCCAGAGAACUGAAAAAAGAGCAAUAACUAUGGAACAACAGGCAGAGACGGAGACCAAGUUGACUCCACGCCCUUAUCAGGAUCAAUUGAUAAGCGUGUGCAUGGAGAAGAAUACAAUUAUUUAUCUCCCGACGGGCGCGGGCAAGACGUUCAUCCCGCUGAUGGUGUUCACGCGGAAGUCCAAGGACUUUCAUCGCUCUAUGGCCAAUGGCGGCAAGCGUGGUGUCUUCCUGGCCAGCACGAAGGUGCUGGCGCGGCAGCAGAAGGAGUACUUUGAGCAGAACACGCAGUUCAAGGUGGCUGUGUUCACGGGCGACAUGAACGUCGAUGUGUGGGGACAGCAGCGCUGGCGCAACGAGUUCGAGAACAAUAACAUUGUUGUGGCCACUUAUCAGAUUGUCCUUGACGUGAUACGCCAUGGAUUCCUCAAGCUAGAGAACAUAAAUGUGAUUGUGUUCGAUGAAUGUCACAAUGCGCAGGGCGAGCAUCCCAUCGUGGAGCUCAUGAAGCAAUUCGUGGACGUGCCUGUGCACAAGCAGCCACGCGUGAUUGGACUCACGGGAAUGUUGUUGCCGAGCAGUCGCGUGGAGACGUUGAGCACGGAUCUGGAGGCGCUCGAGAAGUGCAUGAGAUCAACAGUCGCCACUGUUGCGACCAUUGAAGACUAUGAGAAUGUUUUGGUGUUCGCGACGAAUCCAGUGGAACAGAUGGUCACGUAUUUUAUACAGAGUCCUGAUGAUGACAAAUUGAGUCGAAUUGAGUGCCUUGUGAAUAAGUUUUGUACAGAAAUUGAUCACUUUAAGCUGGAUCAUGAGGUGAAGAAAAUGAGCGAGAUGGAUGGCGAGAAGCAGUCCACGAAGAAGAAAUUGAAGCAACUCUGGCAGGAUUUCAAUUAUCAAAUGAAAGAUCUUGGACUUUAUGGAGCAUCGCUGGCGAUUCUGGGUUUGAUUGUGGAGUUUGAUCUUAAGAAACGGUCCUCAGUAACGCACAGCAAGAGAUCACUGUAUCGCGCUUCAAUAAAAAAUGCUGAGUUAGUUCGUCACAUUCUGGUGCAAAUGAUGGGCGAACAGGAUUGUCCAACUCAUGAGUUCAUCAUGCGACAUGCGUCGGACAAACUCAAGACGCUGCUGCAGAGUAUUCAGAGUAUUUUAUGUAAUGCUUCAUCCGAACAGAAACUCUGUGGUCUGGUUUUUGUUCAGCGACGUUCAUCGGCAAAGUGCAUUUUUCACAUUCUGAGGAAUUAUGCAGAAUCCAAGGAAGAUUUUGCGAUUGCGCCGGACUUUCUUGUGGGUGACAAUUCCUUCAUGCAAGCGGAACUUGAGGUGUUGCUGCAGAACAAUUGGGAUCGUCAGGUAUUGAAGAAGUUCAAGAAGAACGAAGUGAAUCUAAUCGUAUCGACGGCUGUCCUGGAAGAGGGUGUGGACUUGCGGAAUUGCAACUUUGUCAUCAACUAUGAUAUGCCUCACACGUUCCGUGCGUAUGUACAGCGCAAGGGUCGUGCACGAUCUGCAUCCAGCAUUCAUCUACUGAUGAUGGAGCAGUCGGAGAAGCCAAAAUUGCUUGGACAGAUCAACAAGUACCAUAUAAUAGAUGCGGCAAUGAAGAGGUUGCUGAUUGGCAAGUGUGUGGACAGAGAUUUGCCAUCUGCUGAAGAGAUUGACAAUGAUAUGCGAGGGGAUCUGAAGGUGUUUACGACACCAAAGGGGGCCAAAUUGACGGAUACGUCAGCGAUUGCACUGUUGAAUCGCUACUGUACCACACUGCCGCAGGACGGUUUCACCGUGGCAGCGCCAGAUUUGCAGUGUGAGGAACUAAUGAUCAAAGGCGUGAAAAAGUAUCGCAUUUCGCUCACAUUGCCGAGUCAAUCACCAGUCAAGGAUGAAAUUUAUAGUAAUGUUCUGAUGUCCAAGAAGCAUGCAAAGAGAUCCGUGGCUUUCAAGGCGUGCAUUGCAUUGUAUGAGAAAGGAGAACUAGGUGAGAAUCUCUUGCCCAUCAGUCCAACCAUGAUUCUAACGAAUCUCCAGAGUGUCUACUUUCCGCACUGGCAGAAGUACAAGACAGGUAACAACAAAGAGGAUGGCACGAAGAAGAAGAAGCGCUACUGCGAUAUCAACUAUCCGGUGCAAUUGAGCAAGUGUCAGCCAGAGGAAGGAAAGUCGUGCUUCCUCUACAUCAUCCACACGGUGUCUGAUCUGAAUGAGAAAAGUGGCUCAAAAGUCGACACGAAUGUCGCUGUCUUCAACAAGCUCUUCAGACAGGAUCGCAAUUAUGCCAUUCUCACCACGAAGCCUUUGCCACCUUUGGCUGCCAUGAAUUUCUUCCUCACUGAUGGACGUGUAAUGGUGAAAAUCGAUCAGAGACCCGUGGAGAAUGUCGUGCUGACUGAAGAGGAUUUGAAUUGUCUGAGGAAAUUUCAUAUUGUCGUCUUUCGCGAUGUUCUCAAUACAAUGAAAACGAAGACAUUCCUUGCGAUGGACUUCACGAACACCAAUAAUUCCAUUCUCAUUGUGCCGAUGAUUGGUCGUCGCAUUGAUAUGGAUCUCGUGAAGAAAUUCCAAGAGAUGCCCGCUGUGAAGAAGACGACGGAGAAUGAGCGUCAGCAACAGAGAUUUGAGCCGAAAGAUUGGUUACACUCUGUUAUCAGUCCGUGGUAUCGAAGUGAUGGCAAUCAGCGCUAUGUGGUGACGAAAGUGGAGAAGCAUUUGACGCCAGAAAGUGCCUUUCCGAACACCAUGAAAGCGUCCACUUAUGCUGCAUAUUAUGAGAAUGAGUAUGACUUGUAUGUGGUUAAUGACCAACAAUUCUUGAUUGAAGUCAAAGGCAUCACUAAUGAUUUGAUGCUGCUGAAUCCGGGCAUGAGUGACAGGGGAAGUAAGAAGCAAGUGAAGCGAUCUAUGAAGGAGAUUCUUGUGCCGGAAUUGUGUCAUAACUUUGGAUUUCCCGCGUCAAUGUGGCUCAAGGCGCUGGUGCUGCCGAAUGUGCUGUACAGAAUGCGCUUUAUGCUGCACGCUGACAAUAUCAGAAAGACAAUUGAUCGGUAUUUGGGUGUGGAGAGUGCCACAGAGUUGGAUGCUUUAUUUGUGGAUGAGCAUAAGUUGAAGGUGCCUAAAGAAACGCCAACCAGUCGAUCAAUCUUCGGUCCAGUUGACGAUGUUGUGGUGCAGGUGGAGAAUAAAGCCGGUGACACUCUGGCAGACAUACUGGACAACAUCUUCACGGAUCACAGACCACCAAUGGAUGUGCAUCGCAACUGGGAUAAGCUUCAUCAGGUCGAUCUGGAGUACUAUUUCUACUUCAUGUCGUUGAAUGAUGAGUAUGAGAGGGCAAAUACCAGGGGACGCACCAUGGCGGCUCUUCAGGGUGUCAGCAGUGGAAUGGAACAAUUCGCCAUCUGUGCCACACCAUAUGAGGAGGCCUUCAACAUUGCCCUGCUGAAGAUGGAGCACAGUGGGACCGUGGGACCGCAGCAGAGGGACGUUCUAUGUGCCAUCACGGCGUCCGUAGCGCAGGAAGUGUUUGAUAUGGAGAGAUAUGAAGUACUCGGUGAUGCUUUCCUCAAGUUCACCACGAGUCUCUACUUGCUGCAGAAGCACACGGAGUGGCACGAGGGCUAUCUGACAACGUGCAAGGGUCAGAUUGUGGGCAAUCGCAAUCUGUACUACUGCGGCGCUGACUGUGGCAUAGCGGGCGUGAUCAAUGUGUCACCGUUCAGUGUGAGUGACUUCAUUGUGCCACACAUGAAUGUGCCACAAGAGAUUGUGCAGACGGUGGAGGAGUUGCAAAUCACACCGAAUGCGAUCUUCAAGGUUCUGUGCUCUGACUGGGAAGUGAUGAAUGGAAGGAUGGAUUUGGCUAAUCUUGGCACACUUCUGGAGACGUUCAGUCGUGAACAGAAGGCCAUCGCGGAUGAAGAUUAUUCCACAAAAGUUUUCCUUGGCAAGCAUCGCAUCAGCGAUAAGACAGUGUCAGAUGCCAUUGAAGCCAUUCUAGGUGUUUGGGUGGCAACAAUUGGCAUUCAGAAGUCCUUCAAGCUGCUCAAUUUCUUCCACAUUCUACCGAGGGAUUUGGAUAUGGAGAAUUUGCUGCGCAAUCAGCAAAUUGAGCCAAAAUUGUCACCAAACAUCACAGCUGAAGACAUUGAUAGUCAUCUGAUAAAUCCGCAUGAUUUCCAGCAACGCCUGGGAUAUCAGUUCAGAGAUCGUGCCUAUCUUCUACAGGCGCUUACGCAUCCUUCCUAUCCAGCAAAUCGCGCCACAGGAUGCUAUCAGAAGUUGGAAUUUCUGGGCGAUGCAGUGCUGGACAUUAUCAUAACGUCGUACAUCUUUGAGAAGUGUCGCGAUUUGGAUCCAGGAAAGAUGACAGACUUGAGAUCUGCUCUGGUGAAUAACAUCACAUUGGCGUGCGUGUGUGUGCGUAAUAACUUCCAUUUGCACAUGCUGCAUCAGAGUCCAGCGCUUCAGGAGAAGGCCAAAGAGUUUGCUGAAUAUCAGAGACUGAAUCAGUACAAGGUGACGGAGCACGUGUUGCGCAUCAAAGAGGAGGACGGAACGAUUAUGGCAGACUCGGUGGAUGUUCCCAAGACAUUGGGUGACAUUGUGGAAGCGCUGCUCGGCGCUGUGUUUCUGGACUCUGGCAAUGACAUGCAGGCUGUCUGGCGUGUUAUUGUGCAUCUUAUGGGCCAGGAGAUCCUUCAGUUUGCCGCCAAUGUGCCAAUCAAUGCCGUGCGCAAGCUGUACGAGUGGUCAGGAGCUGCUCCACAGUUCAGUGAGCCUUCGGUGAAUCCGGAGAAGGACACAAUUUCGGUUUCGGUGAAAUUUGUGUGUGGACAAAAGUGGAUGGAGGCUCAUGGUUUUGGUGUUAAUCGGAAGAAUGCCAAGAGAGCAGCGGCAAAUGCUGCCUUGGAGCAGUUGGAGAAAAAUCAGAGGAACGGUUAAAUCCCAACGUUUGUUCUUAUGAUUCACAGAUCUUUGCGCAACCAAUCGAAUUGCAGCAUCCCAAAAUUGUUAUGUAUGAAAUGAUAUUGUCUAGAAAUUGUAAUGUAGUUCCCUUUUUAAUUGCAUUUAUGUUACUUCAAUAAUUAUCUCGUAAUCUGUUAUGGAAACACUUGAUGGAACUGCCAAACAUUGCAUUAAGACGUUGUCCUUUUCCUGGGAACUUCCCGUGUUUUUCUCCUUAUCUCUUAAUCUAUUAUAUUAGUUUAUGUGGUAUUAGAACACAAUAAAAUUCACAAAAGCAUCACGAAAUUUCGAUAAAAACA